UUCACACAGAGAAGAAGAAGACUGCUGCAUAUUCACAGAGAAGAAGAAGAAGAAGAAGGAAAGAAGAGGAGAGUUCAUGAUGAAAAUUGUUUAGAGCUGCUGUUUCAGGAUGUCAGGGAACUGGUCUAUCCUACUGGCUCCGCCCACAGGCUCUGCAGCUCCGCCCACACCCAACACCUCCCGCGCCCCCCCGCUGACAGACUGGGAGGCGCCCGCCUUCACCCGCGCCGCCCAGUUCCGCGUCGGUGCCACCUUCGUCCUCUUCCUGUUCGCCGCCUGCAGUAACCUCGCCCUAUUGGCCAGCGUGUGGCGUGGGCGGGGCCGGCGCCUGGCCUCCCACCUGCGCCCGCUGAUCGUCAGCCUGGCGUCGGCCGACCUGAUGAUGACGUUCGUGGUGAUGCCGCUGGACGCCGUGUGGAACGUGACGGUGCAGUGGUACGGCGGCGACGCCCUGUGCAAGCUGCUGUGCUUCCUGAAGCUGUUCGCCCUGCAGGCGUCCGCCUCCGUGCUCGUGGUCAUCAGCCUGGACCGCCAGCACGCCAUCCUGCGCCCGCUCGACGCCCUCAGCGCACACCGCCGCAACCGCAGGAUGCUGGCGCUGGCCUGGAGCCUGAGUCUGCUGCUCGCUUCACCGCAGCUGUUGGUGUUCCGGGCGGUGCAGGCGGAGGGCGUGGACUUCACGCAGUGCGCGACGCACGGCAGCUUCACGCGGCGCUGGCAGGAGACGCUCUACAACAUGCUGCACUUCGUCACGCUCUACGUCGUCCCCCUGCUGGUCAUGAGCUGCUGCUACACCCGCAUCCUCGUCCAGAUCCACCGCCAGCACCUCCGCAACAAAGGUGAGUCGUACCUGAGGCGCAGCGGCACCGACGUGAUCCCCAAGGCUCGUAUGAAGACGCUGAAGAUGAGCAUCAUCAUCGUGGCGUCCUUCGUGGUGUGCUGGACGCCGUACUACCUGCUGGGGAUCUGGUACUGGUUCCAGCCGGAGAUGCUGCGCGUCACGCCCGAGUACGUCCACCACGCCCUCUUCGUCUUCGGCAACCUGAACAGCUGCUGCGACCCGCUCAUCUACGGCUUCUACACGCCCUCCUUCAGGGCCGACCUGGCCGGGUGCUGCGGGAGGCGGGGCCCCGGGGCCUCGCCCAGGUCCCCGGACCGGCUCUCCGCCCGGCGGUGUCCUCACAGCGGGGAGUCCGACGCCGCCAGCGUCCACCAGGCCAGAGAGGGCGGAGCCUAACGUGACACAAUGUGACCCGCUAACUCAGAACAAAAUUCACUUUGUUUCUUGUUAUUUAUUUAUUUUUUGAGGGAAUUUCUUUGGUCAUUUUCUUGUAUUUUUUAAUUCGAAUUUUUGGGCAAUUUUAAUUUAAUUUUAAUGAUAUAAAUUUAAAUUUAUAAUAAUUUACAUUUUUUUGUUGCCGAUUCUCUGGUAAUGUUUUACUAAUUAAAAAAAAAACAAUUUGGGGGGAAAAUUUUCAGGUUCUUUUCUGAUGGGUCAGAGUUAAAUGUUGGUGAAAGCACAAACGUUUUAACACAAGAAAUCUGAUAUUGAUCCAGCA